UGGAGGUGGAAGAAGCCUUCCCUCUGGUGGGCCAGAUGGGCCUCUUCCAGGUCUGGCUCUGCGUCGUGCUCGCCGCGCUGCUCCAGGAACCCAAGGUAGUUUAUAAGCUCCAUCAUACCAGGGGUUAACACGCUCCCUACCUCGCUUCUCCGCCCGUGUUUUCCUUCCUCAAGUUACUUCCUCUUUCAAGAACAGCAAGUCCACAACGAUCCCGAGGCCCAUUGAAUCCACCAUUCUAACGGUGCUGCUUCUCCUGCACACAGCAGGAGAGAGCAGCGAUUCCAAGUUUUAAAAACAUUGGACUUAAAGAGGGGUUUUUUUGUCACGCAAGGAAGGCCAGAAGGCGCACGGGAGGCAGACGACGUCAUGGGAGGGACCUGAGCUAAUCCUGUGAGUGCCCAGGAACGAGCAUGCAAUAAAACACUCCUUGGAUGGAGCUGUAUAUGAUCUUUUUCCUCUCCAUUUUAUCCUCACAACAAUCCUGUGAGCUCUAUGUGGCCAGUGAAGCAAUCCUCAUCGCACUAGUGGGGGCAACACCGCCUUAUCGCUGGGAUCUUGAAGGGAUCUCAGCUAAUCAGAGCCAUAAUAGUAACAAUGUGUCAACUAAUGAAGAAAUAGCUUUUGGAAAGUGGCUCCUGACAGCCAAUGGGAGUGAAGUUCAAAAACAUGUACACUUUAGCAGCAACUUUACAUCAAUAGCCUCUGAGUGGUUUUUAAUUGGCAACACCUCAUACAAGAUCAGUGCUGCCAGUUCAUUUUUCUUCAGUGGUGUAUUUGUUGGAGUGAUGACUUUUGGACAACUCUCUGAUCGUUUUGGACGGAAAAAAGUAUACCUUGUAGGUUUUGCCCUUGACAUUGUGUUUGCUGUUGCUAAUGGAUUCUCCCCUUCAUAUGAGUUCUUUGCAGUAUCUCGCUUCUUGGUGGGAAUAAUGAAUGGCGGAAUGUCAUUGGUGGCUUUUGUCCUGCUCAAUGAAUGUGUAGGCACUGCUUAUUGGGCUCUGGCAGGAUCAAUUGGUGGCCUGUUCUUUGCUGUGGGAAUUGCCCAAUAUGCUUUGUUAGGAUAUCUCAUUCGAUCAUGGAGAAUGCUAGCAGUUGUGGUUAACCUGGAGGGAACAUUAGUCUUUCUCCUCUCUCUAUUCAUUCCUGAAUCACCGCGUUGGUUGUACUCACAGGGACGGCUGAGCGAAGCUGAAGAUUCCCUCUACCUCAUUGCAAAGAGGAACCACAAGCCAAAGUGCACGUUUUCGCUUAAGCUCCCAGCUGAACGGAGUUUUAAGGAGUCUGGAACCAUCCUGGACCUGUUCCGAUACAAAAUCCUUUGGGGGCGUACUCUGAUCAUGAUGUUCAUCUGGUUUGUAUGCAGCUUGGUUUAUUAUGGACUUACUCUCAAUGUGGGUGACCUCGGUGGCAGCAUCUAUGCUAACCUCGCUCUUUCUGGACUAAUAGAGAUUCCUGCAUACCCUCUCUGUAUCUACUUGAUUAGCCAGAAAUGGUUUGGCCGUAAACGGACCCUUGCUGCAUUUUUGUCCCUGGGAGGACUGGCCUCCCUUAUUGUUAUGUUUCUUCCAGAAAAGAAAGCUACAGGCGUAUUUGCAAUUGUAAACAGCCAUUCAUUGUCUUUGCUGGGGAAGCUGACGAUUAGUUCAGCAUUUAACAUUGUUUAUAUCUACACAUCAGAACUUUAUCCUACAGUGAUCAGAAAUGUCGGCAUGGGAACCUGCUCUAUGUUCUCACGAGUUGGCGGGAUCAUUGCUCCUUUUGUGCCAUCUCUGAAAUCUUUGCAAUGGUAUCUGCCGUAUAUUGUGUUUGGAGUGGCAAGUCUGUUAUCUGGCCUUCUGAGUCUAUUAUUGCCAGAAACCCUGAACAGCCCAUUGUUGGAGACAAUAUCUGACUUGCAGGUUUGCUCGUAUCGGAGGUUGGGCAAUGAAGCCAUGGCACUGCAGAAGUUAGAAGGCUCACGGUCUGACCAAGAUAGUUCAGCUGAGAGUGGAAGUGAGGAUGAAGAAUUCUAUGAUGCUGAUGAAGAGACUCAAAUGAUCAAGUGAUGGAUGAAACACUUCUGUUAAAUAUUAUGUCCUCUUUGAAUUAUCCUAUCAACUUUAACUGUUCAAACUCUAAAAAAAAUGCAAGGAAUAAUGAGUGGGCAAUAGAAACAUACUAUUGUGCCUGCUUUUAGGAGAAAAGUAGGCCGUGAUUCAGAACUGUUGCAGUGGGAUGACUAUUUGUCACUGGUGACUGCUCUGGCAGAUGGAGACUUUGUGAUUCUGGGGCAAGCAAGGAAUUUGCAAGCCACUAAUGAUGGGAUGCCAGUUGUAAAUCCUAACAGUGGAUCCAGUAUGUAGUCUAAUCUCUUCUGCAUGUGUGUUAGUUUCCCCCCCCCCCCAAAAUGUGGAUUUUAUUUGUAAGUUGGGUGUGGCCUAUUUGUUCAGCUUAGAUUUUAUUUUAUCCUGGUGGAGCUUGACUGUGGAUAGGCAUAAACAAUUUGACAGGAACAAAUUUUGUGAAAUACUGCAAGAUUGAGUGACCUUUACGCUGUGAAUGCAGUUCCUGCUGGUUCUGCAUUGUGUGGAACGUUUGGUAAACAUGGUCUAGGAAGUUUCCCCAGACUGCAAUAGGUGCUGGAUGCGAUCUGUACUGGCAGAGUUCUGCAAGGCUAAUUAAUGUUGUCUAGGGACCAAUCUUCCUAGAACCAAUUUUUUUAAUCGCUCUAUAUUGUGAAGGAAGUUGUUCAGAGACAGGGACUUUCUAGAUGAUUGAUUUUUUCAUCUGUUAACUCAGUCGGUGCAGGGAAUCUAUACAUGUUUCCCCCAGCUUAGCAAUUUGGUUACAGGAAAAUGGCAUUUUCCUGGCUGUUGCUGAAAAAGCAAUAUUUACUAUUGCUAAGACAUGCAGUUAUGAGGGCUAGGCUGAGGUUGCAUGAGUUUCAUGGGCACCUUUUAACUAGUGACCAGCAACACGUUUUAGAGGCUAACAUUUUUAAGUCUUUCUUUCCUUUUUUUAAUCUAGUUCUGAGCCAUGUUGCCAACACCCCCAAUGCUAAAACAGAAAGAUAUAGUCUAAGGAAGAUGUGGAUGUAGCAGGCGGUAGCAAAACUGUGCUCUUGCUCAUGCCAACUGAAAAUAUGCAACCCUAUUUUUGCUGCUGCUGAGGUUUCAGUCAGUUGCUUCUAGCAGCUCCUGCAGAGGGAGGCCAGGGGGAUGGAAGGAAGUUGGUACUGGAAAAGCAGAGCUACUGGAAGCUACCCAUUUUAAAGGGGACAGAAGUCCAGUCAGGCUUUGAAACUGCUCUGAAGUUUCUGAAAUUUCUUUGAAACUAAAGUGAAGUAAAAAUGCUUGUCCAGAGAUGCUAAUGGAGACCUGGGCUUGUGGGGUUUUCUGCUUGGAAUUCUCAUGAAAGUAAUCUUGUGAACUUCCCACACCUCAAGAAUAAAGCUGAAGAAGCCCUUGAGAGCCUAAAAUAUGUCAAAAUGCGUAAAACCUUUUAAAAUUGGUAAAUCUUGAUUUAUUUGA